AUGAAGAGUGAAUCUGUGGUAAUUAUUGGGGCUGGCAUCAUUGGACUGAAAGUUGCCCUGGUCCUUGCUGAGCGAGGCUACGGCAGUCAAACAACCAUCAUAGCCGAGCACCUCCCUGGAGAUACAUCGAUAAACUAUACUUCGCCUUGGGCUGGCGCGAACUUCUCUGCUCUUUCUGCAAGCGAUAAGAAUGCCCUCCGAUGGGAUCAACUCGGGUACAAGCACCUCCUCAAACUUGCCGCUCAAGAUGGGAAGAAUGCAUUUGUUCGGGAAACUCCCUCUACCGAGUACUGGGAUGAAAUGCCAUCGCGCACGAAGCUCGAUUCCAUGGCUAGUUAUCUGAAGGACGUGACCACAGUACAAAGAGAUUCCUCAGCAGGACCUACCAGAGGGUGUUGCAACAAAUUCACUACAGUAACCCUCAAUGCGCCGAUGCAUGUUCACUAUGUUCUUCGAAGACUUAGACAGCAGUACGGAGUGCGGGUCAUCCGCAAAAAGGUUUUGAGUGUAACCUCAGGCUUCCUGAGCAAGGACACAAAGGUGGUAUUUAACUGCACCGGUAACGCUGCUCGUAACCUGCAGGGAGUCGAAGACCCUAAGUGCUACCCCACCAGAGGCCAAAUUUUGCUUGCUAAGGCACCACAUAUCAACCAAAACGUGAUGAGACACGGGAAAGAUUAUGAGACAUACAUUAUCCCACGACCACACUCGAAGGGUAAUGUCAUUCUCGGUGGAUAUAUGCAGAAGGGAGUCGACUUACCUGAUACCCUUGGAGAUGAAACUGAGUCUAUAUUAUCCCGAACCAAGGCAAUGCUACCAGAGCUCGAAUCGUCCGAAACGGAGAUCCUCGCAGCAUUUGCAGGCAUGCGCCCAUCACGAGAGGGAGGUGCCCGAGUUGCUAGUGAGGUCGUACAGGUUGAUGAGUCCGAGCGAAAGGGGCUCGUUGUUCACGACUACGGCGCUGGGGGAACGGGAUUCCAGGCUGGGUAUGGAAUGGGCAGUUGA